AUGAGGACAGUGCAUAGAGUCAGCAUAAUAAGAGCCAUAUACCUUCUUCUGGUUUAUAAAUGCACUACUGUGCUGUGCCAAGAAGAUGAAAGCACUGUUGAAAUAGUCUUGUUCAGUAACGGAGCAGAAAAGAUAAAGGGCAGAAGCGAUGCAAAGAAAGAUGCAGACUCUGAAGAUAGGUCAAAGACCCUCAAGAGUUUGGUGACAACGCUGGUAAAUCAUCUUCUGGCAGGCAAUAAGCUCAAAAACGGCCUCCUUAGGAGCUACAGAGGGUCUGAUCUUCUUAGUGCCUCUAAAGGAGCCCAAGACACCCCAGAGGCGAGCAAGGGCGAAGGAGUCAGUAAGUCGGCAGGGCAGCCUGUCCAGGAGCCAACACCGGAGCUGCUAGAGAAAAUAAAGAGAAUCCCGAUAGGCUACAGAACAUUCUGCUCCUUUCUCCAGAAUCUGGAUCUCAUCAGGGACAAGCUGAAGAAUAGGCCCGGGAUUAGAAAGAUACAGAACAUCCUGGUCUAUGAAGGGUACCACCUUACAGACUACUGGGGAAGGCUGAAGUUCAAAAAGGAAGGAGACAAGCUUGUGGAUGAAACGGGAUACUUUGAGGGAAUCAGGAUCAACGGAUUUGAGGAGAUGCUGAAUCAGGGGAAAAUGACCAAAACGGGUUUUGUCCAGAAAAAGGACGUGGGAGAAAAUGAGAUAAAUGAAAACCUGAUAACCAUGAAGUUGCUCCUCAACGAGAUAGCCAAAGAAAAAAACACGCCGAUCCAUGACGUAAUCAAUGAGAAGUGUAAUCUGUCUAUUGUCGAAGAGCUGGCAUUUUAUGGAAGUAGCCCAUCCGCCCACAGCGAUGAGAUAGUGCACGUCUGUAUAUGCUCAGACUCAUUCUGCAAGGAGCCAUGCAAGAAUGUUGUUGCAAUGAAGGCUGGGGAGCUGGAGUUCAAAGACUAG